AUGUUUCGUGGAGAUUUCUUUCGAGCUCUUCCUAUUCACUUUGAGGCAGUGGGCCGCGAGGUGGAUACGGUUGACAAUAUCAGACACAUUGUGGUUGGUGAUUUCAACAUUACUAUGGAUGAUUACCUGGAUCAGACGGCUGCGAAUCGGCCUCAUCUGAGACGAGGCCGAGACGAACUGGACGAAUGGCUUGGAAAACUGGGUUUGGUUGACACUUGGCGCUUCAUAAACCCAGACGUACGGGACUAUACAAGUCCUUCGCGUAAAAACCGGUUGGAUUACUGUUUUGUUACGGCUGACCUACUUCAAGACAACCUCGUAUCAGUUCAACAUGUUCGUGAUCGCAAGUGGCAUAACGAAGAUCACAUACCAAUUGAAGUUUGCCUCGUCUCAAAGCCUGUCCAACGCAGUGGACGUCAACCCUGGCGGUGUCCAACUUGGCUUUUACGGGACCUUGAAGUGCAACGGUAUCUAGCAACUUCAGUUCAAACACUGGCUAACCGUAUCAAGAUCUUCCCGGGAGCAAAUCCUGGUUGCCUUCUUGAUGAGCAUAAACGGGCAGACUGCAUAUAUCUUCGAAGACGUUGGAAGGAGCUUCGACAAGCAGACGAACGGACGAUGGCUGCGAAGAUCAGUGCAGUUAACGCGGCCGCAGACUUGGUCAAUGUUGUACCUACAGAAAUUAACAAAAACGUGUUAGAACAAGUCAAGAUGGAUCUCAAGUCCCAUCAAGACGAUAUAAAGAAACGGAACGAGUAUAAAAAGUUUGCGGCAGACUUACAUUCGAGUGAGCGAGCAACAAGUUACUUCUUUCGCGCCCCGCAGUCAGAUUGCCUUCGUUCACCUAUCACGGAGUUGACAGACGAAGACGGUACAGUUACUGAUGACCAAUCAGCAAUUGCUGAAGGUCAUCGUCGAUACUGGGGAAGGGUCUUUCAGUCCACGUCCGCGGACUUGAUAAACCAACGAUCUUCCACUUAUCAGCCACUUCGUUUUGCCACAUUGCUGCAGCAUACAAAGUCACGGUUAUCAGCUAGGCAGCAAGCUAUGCUUGACGCCCCAAUCACAGCAAAUGACAUUUAUUGGGCAAUUACGGCAUCAAAAAAAUGGUAA